CCGAGGGGAGCAGCGCGGACCGCUCCAGACCUGCCUCUGAACUCCAGCUGCGGCCAAAACGGAAAAGAGUUCCGCGCCUGCCAGAAACACAGCACGACACGCACGGACCAUUCGAUGGACCUCGUCGCUAUUAGUAGGCCUGGCGCUGCUCAGCGAGAUGCUGGGUGUGAAGCUGCAGCCCGCCAUCGUCUGCUUCAGCGCCCCGAUCAGCACGCGCGAGACGGAUAGGGAGGGGCAGCGGCAGCUGGCCCUGGCGCAAGUCAGCGAGAUGCUGGGAGAGAAGCUGCAGCCCGCCAUCAUCUGCUACAGUGCCACGACCAGCACGUGCGAGACGAGCGGGCAAGGGCAGCGGCAGCUGGCCCUGGCGCUGCUCAGCGAAAUGCUGGGUGCGAAGUUGGAGCCAUCCAUCAUCUGCUACAGCACCCCGAUCAGCGCGCGCGAGAACGCGAUAGGCCGUGACAGCGGCGCGGGGGGGGAAACAAAAAACAAAAACAAGAAACAAACAAAACUGGUCGGUUCCGCCAAGCGGCUCGACCCCAACCGACGUCCCAGGUCGCGGCGCCGCGCACUGGCCUCGGGCGGACCGCCCCCUCCAACGCACCGCUCUCGCCUGACGGGCGGUGGGCGCGCAGGGUCAUGCCAGCGCCUGCAGCUUCUGCGUGCAAAAACGGAUUUGCCCCGGCCGCUCUGGUUUCUGGGUUCUGGGUUCAGCCUAAAGCCGUGCACGGCCAGCCGGGACAGACAGUUGAAAGUUGGUUGGCGCGAGGCCCUGCUUUACGUUCUACGGAUGAUGUGAAACAUGAAAUCAAUGCAAAAUUGCAACGCCAGCGCCUCAGCAUCGAACGAAGAUGUCGCGGCAACGUCGUCCAGGUGCGCGCCAGAGAGAGCCGUCAGGCUCCCAGGGACAGCGGGUGCCCCACGAGAACGUCGCACCUCCGGGCGGGCCCGCGGAAUCCUGGGGCACCCCACGAGACUCAGGGCUGACGAGGCUCCCCCCGCCUCGCGCUCCCCGCGCUGUGCGAGGCGCGGGCGCCUUCGGCGCCUGCCCUGCCUGGGACCCGCCGAAGUCGUCUGUGCGCCAGGCCACCCUGGGCCCCAGCAGUCGGCAAAGGGCCCUGGUCGGCAGGGAGAAGAGGGCCCAACUCGCUGGGA